CCAGUGACCGGAAGUGCCCAAAGGCCCGAAGAUUCUGCCUUCGCAGCAGCUGGGCGCUGCGGUCGCUCCAUGGCCGGGCGCCACCGGCCUCCUAGCCUCUGUCACCGCUGACGACAUGGCACACAAAGGUCACAGUGGCGUGAAUCAGCUCGGGGGUGUGUUCGUCGGCGGUAGACCGCUUCCAGACUCGACCAGGCAAAAGAUCGUCGAGUUGGCGCAUUCUGGCGCGAGGCCCUGCGACAUCUCUAGGAUACUGCAGGUUAGCAAUGGCUGCGUCUCCAAGAUCCUUGGAAGCAGGUACUACGAGACCGGGUCGAUCAGGCCCAGAGCCAUCGGCGGCAGCAAGCCCCGCGUGGCCACCGCCGAAGUCGUGAGCAAGAUUUCCCUCUACAAGAGCGAGUGCCCUUCCAUCUUCGCGUGGGAGAUCAGAGACCGCUUGCUCCAAGAAGGUGUCUGCACCAACGACAACAUCCCCAGCGUGUCGUCCAUCAAUAGGGUGUUGAGAAAUUUGGCGGCACAGAAGGAGCAACGGCAGCAACAGCAGCAGCAGCAGCAGCAGCAAGGUGUGGCCGCUGUUGGCGUGGGGGUAGGUGCUGGUAGCCCGGCCGAAAGCGUUUACGAUAAACUGAGACUGCUCAACGGGCAAACGACCGGAUGGCCGAGACCCAAUCCGUGGUAUCCAUCUGGAGCUGGCAGCCCAUUUCCAUCCCUGCAACCCAGUUUGAGCCCGAGUCAUUGUACGGCCUUGCCACCGGAUCCUGCGGACAUUCUGCACGCAAAGAAGGGUAAGUGAAGAAUCCAAAAGAAUCGAAAUUUCAUUUCGAUCGUGAUGCAACAUAUAUCUUGUAAUUAUAGAUAGAUCGCACCAAUGUUA